GAGCCCGCCGGUGGAUUCCUCACACUCAGCUCAGCUGCGAGACUCAAGCAGCUUGUGAGGAGAGGCGAGCAGAGGAGAGGAGAAAGGAGCGACGGAGAGAUGGCGAGCAUCAACACGGAGCUGCUGCAGCGGAUGUUGGGGCUCGCGUGGCUCCUCCUGGCYCUCCGAACCGCCGGCGUCCGGGGUCUGAACGGCGACGAGGACCAGAGCCAGGACACCGAGUGCAAGACGAAGAGCGUCACCGUGUCCGCGCUGCCGUUCCUGCGGGAGAACGACCUGAGCAUCAUGCACAGUCCGUCGGCCUCCGAGCCCAAGCUGCUGUUCUCGGUCCGGAACGACUUCCCCGGAGACGUCGUGGUGGUGGACGACCUGGAAAACACCGAGCUGCCCUUCUUCGUCUUGGAGAUCUCUGGGAACUCAGAGGACAUCCCUCUGGUACGCUGGCGGCAGCAGUGGCUGGAGAAUGGCACGCUGCUCUUUCAUAUCCACCACCAGGAUGGCAGCAUGAACCUCCCAGAACCGACCGAAKACCCGGCCAACGACUCCACGAAAGAAGAGCUUCGCAUUUUGCACAUCUCAGUGAUGGGUGGGAUGAUUGCCCUUCUGCUGUCCGUCCUGUGCCUUGUCCUGAUCCUGUACACUCGCAGGCGCUGGUGUAAACGCCGCCGCAUCCCUCAGCCCCAGAAGAGCGCCAGCGCCGAGGCAGCUAAUGAGAUCCACUACAUCCCGUCAGUACUGAUGGGAGGGCAGGCCCGGGAAAGCUUAAGGAACUCGAGAGGUCAGGGGCCAAACUCCAGUGGCACCCUCAGCAUCCGGGAGACACCGAUUUUGGACGGAUAUGAGUACGACAUCACGGACCUUCGUCACCAUUUGCAGAGAGAGUGCAUGAAUGGUGGGGAGGAAUAUGCCAGCCAAGUGACCCGAACUCUGGACUCUCUUCAAGGCUGCAACGACAAGAAUAACAUGGACCUGACACCUGUGAGCGACAACACCAAGUUGGCCUUGAUGAACAAGUACAAGGACAACAUCAUCGCCACGAGCCCCAUCGACAGCAACCACCAGCAGAACACCCUGCUUCCGCACAACACCUCCACCAGCCAACGCAAACGCCUCUCCAGCAACACCCGUGCGGGUUCAACUUUCUUGAACCCAGACGGGGACUCUGGGACGGAGGCAGACAGUGAGCCUCAGCUGGCCUUUUACACCGACCCGAACCGCAGUCGGCGCCGGAGUCGAGGUAUGAGAAACGGUAACGCCAACAGCGCGUGGGGCUCUGGGGCAGCAGGUUCCCCACGGAGUCCCAUCAAUAAGACCACCCUGACUCUGAUCAGUGUCAUCAGCUGCGUGAUUGGCCUGGUUUACUCAUCCCACCUCUCCUGCAGUCUCUCGGUCCGAGUGAUCUUACAUGUUCCGGAGCACCUCAUAGCUGACGGAUCAAGGUUUAUUUUGCUGCAAGGGAGCCAAUUGGAUGCUUCCGACUGGCUCAACCCAGCCCAGAUCUUGUUGUACUACCAGCAGAAUGCCAGCGGGCCAUGGCUCAACGAGCUGUGUGGACGACGCCUACUGGAUCCCUGCGAACACCAGUGUGACCCAGAAACAGGAGAAUGUCUUUGCCUAGAUGGGUACAUGAAGGACCCAGUCCACAAGCAUCUCUGCAUUCGCAGUGAGUGGGGCCCCAAUCAGGGUCCCUGGCCUUACACCAUCUUCCAGCGUGGUUUUGAUCUUGUGAUGGGAGAACAACCUUCUGAUCGUAUUUUCAGAUUUACCUAUACCUUGGGAGAGGGGAUGUGGCUCCCACUGAGCAAAAGCUUUGUGAUCCCUCCUGCUGAGCUUGCCAUCAACCCAUCAGCCAAAUGCAAAACAGACAUGACAGUAAUGGAGGAUGCAGUAGAUGUCAGAGAAGAACUGAUGAUCAGCUCAUCCUUUGACUCUUUGGAGGUUCUCUUGGACUCCUUUGGACCCGUCAGAGACUGCACCAAAGACAAUGGAGGCUGCAGCCGCAACUUCCGCUGCAUAUCUGACCGAAAGCUCGAUUCCACUGGAUGUGUGUGUCCUCCAGGGUUGAGUCCAAUGAAGGAUGGGACCGGGUGCUAUGACCACCACAUCGGCAUCGACUGCUCUGACGGCUUCAAUGGUGGAUGUGAGCAGCUGUGUCUCCAACAGCUGGCCCCUCUAGAGGAUGACCCGACACUCUACAACAUCCAGAUGUUUUGUGGGUGCAUUGAAGAUUAUAAGCGAGGUCCUGAUGGGAGGUCAUGUCUACCGCUGUCUGAAGCCUGCACUGAGGGGAUAGACUGUGGUGAAGCGACAGAUGUUCCAGCUAACCAGACAGUCUUUGGAGACCUUUUCUACGGAUAUAACAACCACACYAAAGAAAGCACCUCUGGACAGAUCCUGAAGGCCACAUUCAGGCAGAAGAACUUUGCCCGAGGCAUUGAACAGCAGCUCCCAGAUGGGAUGGUGGUGGCAUCAGUGCCAACAGAGGUUCAGUGCCACGAGGAGCUGUCAGACCCUGUGCCCGACCCAGAAUACCUCAUGGGUAUGGUGAACUACAGUGAAGUUUCUGGCUAUCCCCUCGUUCAACACUGGAGUCUUCGCUCUGUGUUGUACCACGUAAAGCUCAACCAGUGGGUCCUGUCUCAAGCUUUUAGCUCGGCCAUCCAUUCUCUGGACGGGGCAACGCAGCGGAGUGACUUUGUCUCCAUCCUCAGGGAGUUUGGGAACCACUAUGUGCAGGAGGCAGUCUACGGCUUCCAGGAGUCCUGCACCAUCUGGUACCCCAACAAGCAGGUUCAGAGACAGCUGUGGCUGGAGUACCAGGACAUUAGCAAAGGUAACUCCCCUUCAGAAGAAUCUGAAGAGCGCGACAAGGAGCCCAGGACGCUGACCUAUCCGGCUUACAUCGCCAGCCUCCUGGACACGGGCGCUAAGCGCAUGGCGGCAGGUGUCAGGAUGGACUGCAGCAGCCAGGGCCAGUGCCCCCGCUCCUGCCACCUCUGCCACAUGAGCCCGAGAGUGGCACAAGGCCGGCAGCAGUCUGAGCCUGUUCUCCUGAAGAUCACCAAAGCUGCUCCUAUAUAUGAGCUGGUCUCCAACAACGAGACCUAUCAGGCUCUUCAGGAGGCCAUGAUGAGCAUGCUGUGGUGCUCGGGCAAAGGCGACGUUAUUGAUGACUGGUGUCGAUGCGACUCCAGUGCAUUUGGCACAGAUGGACUUCCCACCUGCGCCCCACUUCCCCAACCCAUGCUGAAGCUGUCCUACACCUAUGAGCCCAGCAGCUCAUUGGUCAUAAUGGAGUGGAACCACACCGAGCCUCCAAUAGGAGUGCGGAUUGUUGAUUACCUCAUCAGUCAGGAGAAGGUGAUAGAAAGRACCGACCAUUCUAAAUUGGAGACAGGUUCCGUCUGUGGGCAGUAGACAACACAGGACGCCGCUCCAGUCCCAGUGAGGUCACCAUCAAAACUCCAUGUCCAACUGUGGAUGACGUCAAAGCGCAGGAAAUUGCAGACAAGAUUUAUAACCUGUUCAAUGGCUAUACGAGUGGGAAAGAGCAGCAGACAGCCUACAACACUUUGAUGGACCUGGGUGCUCCCACCCUGCACCGUGUGCUUUACCACUAUAACCAGCGCUAUGAGAGCUUUGGAGAAUUCACAUGGAGGUGUGAGGAUGAGCUGGGGCCCAGGAAAGCCGGCCUGAUCCUCUCCCAACUAGACGAACUCUCCCUGUGGUGUAAAGGUCUCCUUCAGGAGCCGAAGAUCGGCCUUCGCAGAAUGUCCCUCAAGUUCCUGUCCUGCCGUUACACCGACACCAAAGUGUUUGGGCUCAACUGGUCCGAGAUGGGCCAGGACGUCCACAAAGCCUGUGACGAACAGACACUCACUGUCAUGUAUAAUGACUACGGUGAGCCCAAGGAGCUCUAAAGGUUUGGUUUUAAGUUUGGAUCCGGACAAAACCACACGCACUUGAAAAACAUAAUCCAAGUUUUAUGUACCUCGGCCAUGAUUUUUACAUUAAAUUAUAGUCCUAAUACUAAAUGCGAAAUAUUAUUUGAAAUGCCAUGUAAUGUUUUUGAUACACACCAAUAUCAAAAGCUAAACGAGUCAUCUUUUAUAAACUAACUGCAAAUAAAAAAAAAUCAUAAAAACCAUUACUGCUGAACGACUAAGAUUUUCGGAAGGCUGUCCAUGCUGGAACAGUUUUUGUGAAUACACAAACGUUUUUAUCGUUACAACCUUGCGUCCACAUAGGAACAAGCUUCAAGAAGCUCAAAAGUAAUAUUCUUUGAAAAUGGGUUUUUGAGUGAAAAAAAUCUUGAAGUCCUUUGGACAACUAACAAAAACAAUGGUGUCAUAGUCCCAACUUUAAUCUAACUUCUGACACAAGGGUGUCCCCUUCUUGUUGAGUUUUUUUUUAAGUUUUUAUCCAGUGUGGAAGCUUUAUGUGCAUGCUUCACACGUUGUUUGUGUAAUUUCACUGUACCGUUACAGCGACACAUACAGGCCUGAGAUCGUUACUACAGCUUUUGAAGUCAUUUUGAGAAGGGGUCUCUGCAUUCAUUAAAGCCCUGUCUCCAUUGUCAA